AUGUCGCCGCAGAGACACGCUUGUGCAAACACCGACACAUCCUCAGCUUCGACAAGUCUGGCGAUUACACCCUCGUACCAACCACAGGCCGCCAAAGCCAACCUCUACGCGGCGUCGCAGGCGGAACAACGCAAGAUCAAGAAGUACCAGGCCAUCCUACGCGACCAGGGCGACUUCAAAUUUGUGCCGAUUGCGAUCGAGGCCGGCUCGGGCGCCUGGGGCUCGAAGUUCCGGAAGUUCUUCAGCAGCGACCUUAUGUCCACGACGGACCCACAAACACCACCACACGUGCGCACUUUUACCUCCAUGCACAGCAGCACGUACUGGCGGCAAGUGUUGUCCAUCGCGAGAUGCAAGGCUGAGUGCUACGCGAACCUCCGGUGCAUCGGCCAGAUGCCUCACGACAAGCGGGGCAAAAACCAGCCGGGCUCGGUCCGGGCGGGAGACACACACACUCCCCGCCAGAGCACCCAGACGGUACAACGAGCGCGCGCUCAAGCCCAGCGCAACCACCAACAGGGCAAGCGCACCCGCAAGCGCAAGCGUCCGCAGACCACACCCCCCGGCCACAGCGGCCAGCGCAGCAAUGACAGCAACAACGGCACUGCUGCCACCGCCGCUGCCACCGCCACCACCGACAACGAUGAGGGACAGCCACGCAGCGCCCCAGUGACCUCACGAAGCCCCGGUGGCCCGGCCGCAACAGAGCCCCCUGCAACUGUCUAA